AUGGAAGAAGAGUGCGCUCAUUUCGAAAUUUCAAGUAAUCCACAAGAAGCCUAUGAUGAUUUUAUCACUUUGUUGUUCAAAGCCGCAGAAGCAAGUAUUCCAUUUAUUAAAAUAUGCCUAAAUCGCAAGGCUAAUUUUAUUCCUAAGCCAUAUUGGACUCCUGAUCUAUCUCACGCUGUUGCAGAGAGACGGCUAGCACUUAAAACAUUUAGACAGAAUCCCACACCGGCUAAUUUAAAUAGAUUGCAGGAAAAAACUCGCAAGGCUCAAAAACUAAUUAGAAACGCUAAAAGUAAAGGAUGGUGGGAAUUUUGUACGUCCUUGAAUGAAAUAUCUUCAGCUUCUGAAAUGUGGAGAAAAAUGCAGUGGUUAAAAGGUUAUAUCAGCUAA